AAUCAAGUCAUUGUUCACUUCAAGUCAAAGUUACACGGAGUUAAUUAGGCUGAUUUUGAGAAUUUCAGAAAACUGGACUUCACGGAAAAUCUCGCGAACUGUGACAAAUAGCGAGAUUACUUUUUCAACUUUUACACAUGAUUUGGGACAGAGGUAACUAGCAAAUUUUGUUCCCAAAAAAGUUGUUUCUGGCUUAAAAUAACCUUGCUUUAUGUGAAAAUAGGGGGCCACAGAUUUUCUUCUGAAGAUAGCUGGGUCCAGGGUUGCUGGAACAAUAUGGCUCUUAAAACAAAGCCACGGUCCCUUGAUGCCAUUUGUGCCAAACUGAAAAGGAUCAACAAUGAUAACGAUGACAAUAGCCCCCUACCAUCAACAUCGACACCAUAUAAACCUCUAGUCCCCCAGGACCUGACCACUAAUGGACACAAGGAAAACAACAACAAUUUUGAUGUUCUCCGAUCAUUGUCAAAUGGAAAUGAUGGGGAUGAAAUUGACGAUUCCAAUUAUAGAGGUAUUUGUGAAUCUCCGGUGGAAUUUAACGAAAAUUCUCAAAAUAAUGUCUCAUCAUCUAGUCGUAGGAAAAGGAAACUGGCUGUUCCUAGAAAUAUAAAUCAGGUACGGGACAGAAUAGAUCAGAUUGACGAUUUCGAUGAGAAAGAUGAACUUGCACAAUACACGAUUAAUAAUCAAAACACUACAUUCCCCCCAGAAAAUGAAUCUGACGAUGUGGAUAGCUUAGAGAACGAGUCCGAUUUAUCAUGUGAUAAAAAUAACGUUUCUAACGACAGCGGUGUAGCUGCUGACACCUAUGUACCGCCUGUUACUGAGAAGUCAAUUGAUAUAGCAACAGCUAUGGCUGCUGCUUCUGCCUUACGGCACUCAAAACAGAUUCCACCUGCGCCAUCACCGCCAUUUUUCAACAGUAGAAAACAUUCCCGUAAACCAUCAAACUUAAAAUCUAGUCUUAUGAAUGCACCAUUAGAUCUGUCAAUGACCAAAUCUUUUGGUAGUAGUGAUAGUUUUAACUCUCAAAAUGCAGCCGAUAGUGAAAACGAGACUGCUGAAGAUUUGUCGUUAAGUGCGACAGAUUUGUCCAAAACUGCUGAUGUUGCCAAUACUGCUGAAGACUUGUCCAACAAAACUGCUGAAAACAUUCAGAAAAAUGCUGCUGUAAAAAGUCCAAAUGUAGAUAUUACUGUUUUAAAAGACUAUGCUGAAAGUACAAUGAAUGAACUUUUACAAAUGUAUGGUUUUAGUGGUAAUUCUGAUGGCCUGACAAAACAGGUGCCCCUUGCCAACUUCAACUCGAACCAGAUUCUCCAGACGACCAUGGCUCAGGGAAAAGACAUCGCCAAAGUUCUGACCGCUGUCUCACAACAGAAGAAUGGGCUGAACAACCUUAGCAUGGCCGACAAGAAAGGAAUCUAUGCAAACUUUGUUAAUGCUGCUCAGAAACUGAAGCAAGCAGAUGGGAUCAAGCCACUAAACUUGAACAAUAUCACUAGUCUGCCACAGGAAUUUACAUCAGUGAAGCCACUGGCCACAAUAUCUAAGUCACCACUCUCAGCCAGCUCUGUCAAACAUGGUUUGGCUGAAUAUUCUAAAUAUCUCAAAAGGUUUAGCAAUGGUACUGACUGCAAAGUUAAGUACUGUAAAGAUCUGGGAUAUCGUGAGCAUUAUCACUGUAUGGACUGUAACUUCCGAGUGUUUGUCAAGAAAGAGGAGAUGGUCCGUCACUACAAGUGGCAUAGGAAACGAGAAGAGUCCUUACAACAUGGUUUCAUGAGAUAUAGUCCCCUAGAUGACUGCAGUCAGAAGUUUGGAUCAUGUACACAUAAUGGAAGACAGACUCAUUACCAUUGCCUUCAGGAUUGCUGUGAUAAGGUUUACAUAAGUACAUCAGAUGUACAGAUGCAUGCUAACUAUCAUCGUAAAGACUCAGCCAUCAUACAGGAAGGUUUCCAGAGGUUCAGAGCCACAGAAGAUUGUGGGACACCUACAUGUUCCUUCUAUGGACAGAGAACUACUCACUUCCAUUGUCGCAGAUCAGGAUGUCACUUUACAUUUAAAAACAAGGCUGAUAUGGAGAAACACAAGACAUACCAUCAGAAAGAUGAAGUAUUAGCUAAAGAUGGAUUUAAAAAGUUUAUGAAGUAUGAACACUGUGGAUACCAUGGAUGUCGUUACUCAAAAGUCAGCAACCACAUACACUGUAUUAGACAAGGUGUGUAUGGAUCUUGCAACUAUGUGCUUCAUUCAACUGCUCAGCUUUAUUCUCACAAGAGGAAGCAUGAGAGAAGAGAGUUCGAGACAGCAUACCAAAAAUACAGAGACGGUAGCCAGGAUAUGAUGGACCCCAUGGGAGAUAACUCAAUGAAUAACUCAACAAUUUACUCAGAACAGGACCUCUCUAUGGACUCGAUGAAUGACAGUUUCCCACCUACCCCUCAAGUAAUGCAGGAGUCGAUGUUGCUCCCGGUGACAAUCAAAAGAGAGGCACCAGACAGUGCCAGCUCUGGAGAUUCAAAGAGAUUUAAAUUUGACAACUUGCAGGAUGAUAGCAUGUCAGACCAAAUGAGCUUUAAAUCAGAAUCUGAAUCAUUUAAUGAUGAGUCCUCAGUCAUUGAAGAAAACUCUAUACUGACAGAAAAGUCUUCUUCUAUUGUGGAGGAGUAUGGCACCAAAAUAUCAGGGGACCAGUUGAACAGUUCCCUGACCUUACCUAUUCCAUCUGUUGCUGAUGAUUCGGACAUGAAACCAGUAGAAAAACCACCUCAAUUCUCAGUGCCUCUUCCUCAAAAUAAACAACCUGUGUACAUGACCACCUCUAUAGCACCUCAACAUCUCUUACCCCCUAUGUCAGGGAGGACUCAUGAUAAAAGAGAAAAAGAUGAGUCAUGGAAAAGCUACCUCAUAAGAUAUACAGCCAAUGACCCAUGUAACUCUAGAUGUCAGUAUUUAUAUAAGGACCACUACCAUUGUAAAGUUGAGGGAUGUUUGGUUCUAUUCAAGUCUAAAGAUGGUGUUAGAGAACAUGCUAGGUUCCAUGAAUUACAAGAUCGUAUCACCCCAGUAGCAUACACUACUUAUGAACAGUUAGAGAUGUGUAUUGAUGGAUGUGAAUUUAAUCUGAAGGAAAAACAUUAUCAUUGUAUUUGGACUGGAUGUUCCCAUGUAGUGCCUCAUUCUGGUCCUACAUUUGGUAGACUAGAACAUUACAGAAUACACGAGUAUGCAAGAGCUUCCGCUGGAAAAUCUUAUAGACCAUCUAACUGCAAAAAUGAUGAUGGAUCUCCAAAAAGAAGAGGACGUCCACCGAAAUACCCUAAAAAUGAUAUUCCAAUCAUACCCAAAGUAGAACUGUCUCAUGAAGAAAUUGAAGAAUCAACCAAAGGAGUAGAGGUCAAUAAUUACGGGAUACCGCAGGCUAUCAAUGGGUUCAAAAUUUUCAAGCAAGGAGAUAUAUGUCCAGACGAGUUUUGUAUCUACCGGUUGCAACAGCACUACCACUGUGCUCGACCACGAUGCCACCAGGCCACUGACAGAAUGGAUGUUCUCAAUCUUCAUGCUAAGGAUUUCCACAGCUUUGUAAAUAUCAUGGAGGGAUUUGAAUUCUUCGAUCGGAAUGUGAAUUGUCGUAGACCACAUUGUCACAAUAAUAAAGCUAAUCGACAUUUUCAUUGUGUUCGUCCGAAGUGUGAUUACUCGUUCGUAAGACAUAGCACCAUGCUUCAACAUGACAAGAAACAUCAAGCAUCAGAAAUGGGCUCUGUAAUUCAAACAUCACCCAUACCAGAAGUACCAACAUCAUCUGUUGUAUCCAAAGCUAUCGCUCAUAGCCCCACGAUAAAAACAUCGGGUACAUUUUAUCCAUUAUCUGGUCUCUCUAGAGGUGAAGGUAUUCAGAUGUCCUCAGUCAUCUCCGUACAGCCAAUGGUCUCAUCUUCAAUUUCUGGUGGACUAUCAUCGACGACAACUUUUACUCCAAUUGCUGUUCCAACAUUUGCAUUAUCAGGCGUACCAUUACUAUCUCCUGGUAUUGGAAACUCUGUGUCGCUUCAGUCUGCAGUAAAACUUCAAUCGCCAACGGUAACCAGCACCAUUACACCAUUGGCAGCAGCACCUCUCACUGUACUUUUACAACAGAAGGGCAAUAACCUGCCUCCACAAGUGUCAUGGCCAUUACUUAGAAACACCAUGCAUUUUCUAGCUCAACAAAACUGUGGCCGUCCAUUCUGUAAAUUGAAGAAAAGGGACCAUUAUCAUUGCACUGAAUGUAAUCAGGCCUUUUCUGAUCCAGCUCGAUUACGUGCUCACGUUAGCAGACAUGGUAUCAAACUAGCCAAAACUGAAGGUAUUACACAAGGUCUAGUCAACAUUGCUCCAAAACCUGAGAACAUGAACUGGAAUGUUACUCCUAUCAAAACUGAACCGGCUCCCAGUUUGGAAGAUGGAGAAAAUACAGAAGAUGCAGAAUCCUCACUGAAUCUGAACCCAAAUAUAUUUUCUACCAUGAUAGCAAAAGCUCAAAAAGCUCACAAUGAGAUCACGGAAAUGAACGAGAAUUCAAAUGAUGAGGAUGAGGGGAGACUUGUCAUUUCUGAACUUGAAAACGAGAGUGAUGAUCUUGAUCAGAAUGAAGCACAAGAUCUCAGCAAAUGGUCUGGUCGUAAGCGAAGUGCACCAAAAAAUCUGGACUUUGUUGAUACAACUGUCAUGGUAACAAAAACCAAGAGGACUAGUGUUAGUCCUAAAAGACUAAAAGAUGAUUCCAUCCCAAAUGGUUACAUACGUAUUAAAUUUAAAGACGAUUGUGGGUAUGCCAAAUGUGCCUAUAGAUCAGGGAUCACUCAUUUUCAUUGUGCUAGGGAGGAUUGUGGUUAUAGUUUCAGUGAUAGAUCUCGUCUCAUUCAGCAUACAUUACGUCACGAGAGGAUUGACAGUCUGACGGGUGGAGAAAUGCAGCAAUACCGCAUGAACCAGGACUGUCACCGUUCUUCGUGCGAGUAUGAAGGAAAAGCAUCUCACUUUCACUGUCUCAAAUGUGACUAUAGCUGUACCGAUUCUAGUAAGGUACUCACUCAUCGUAAAAACCAUGCAAAAAUGGAAAGUAUUAACUCUCAGGGCUUUCACAAGUACGGCAUCACAGAAGAUUGUAAAUUCUUUGCUUGUCAGUAUUCUGGCAAACAGAGUCAUUAUCAUUGCCUGAAGGCAGGUUGUAACUUUGGAGUGUUGGGACCAGCACAGAUGGCCUCGCAUAAACUGAAGCACGCUGAUGAAUCUUUUUAGAGACAUUUCUGUUCAUGUUAUCAGGUGUAUUUUUAUGUUUGUUAAACUAAAACACCCUGAUGAAUUAUUUUGUUUAGAGAACUUUAUCUCUUAUUCAUUUUAUCAGGUGUAGUUUUCUGUUUGUUUUUGUUUUGAGCAUUCCAGAUUUAUACGAUUUCAUGUGGCAUAUUGUCAUUUUAUGUGAUUUUUUACACAAAAAAGUGCACUUCACAAAACUGCUUAAAUUAUUAUGCAAAUUUCUGUGUCAGUCUUUCUGAUGAUUAUUUUUGAUAAAUAUUUCAUUCCAUUUAACUGCUGAUAAAUAUUUAUAUGUACCAAGUACUGUAGAUUUAUUUUUAUUCGUACCUUUUUUCAUGUAUUUAGUUGAUAGAGGUAACACUUACUGUGGAUUCAUUUAUUUUUGUGGGUACCAAUUUUCGUGGUUUGAGGAAAACUUGCACAUUCGUGGAUAUUUAAAUUCGUGUUUUUUUUCAAGUCUGCAUACAUUUCACAAGAACAUUAGUAAUUCGUUGAACAUUUAAAUUCGUGGUUCUUCGGUAUCCACGAAAUCUACGAAAAUUGGUAUCCAACGAAUAUUAAUGAAUCCACAGUAUUUAAUUGUUAAACAAAAGUUUCAUUUUUCUAUGCAGAUUUCAUAAUUUCUUAAUAUGAAAUAUUCAUUAAAAUAAAGGUUUUACCAAUCCAUGAACAUUUGUACCCACAUUAUAAAUGAAUUCUUUGUAUUCAGAUUUUUUUUCAAUGACACAUUCCAAUUUUAUAUUUACACAGAAUGGGAAAUCAUCAUAUUCAGAUAUUCAUAUAUUUUGCAAAUAUUUUUUGUACACAGAAAUAUUUAUAAAACAAACAUUCCAGAAUUUUUUAUAUAAUCUGUAGAUUUUUUGAUUUUUUUUAAUUCAACCCAUAAGAUAUUGUAGGUAAUCUUUAACUUUUCCAUUUAAAUAUGUAUAAGAUUUAAGGAUUUUUUUGUCAUAAGUUCUAGUCUAUCUUUUGAAAAAGAUCUAUAGUCAUAGUUUAAAAUUGUAAGCCUUCAUCCAGAUUUAUUUUACAGUGAUAAAUAUUUUUUCUAAAAUUAAUAUCAUAUAUAGAACUUAUAUUUAUUGCAAAAAAAAAUUCUUUACAUGUGGGGAAAAUUCUUCUUAUAUUACUUAGAUUUUUCUUUCCUUUAAUUGUUUUAAAAAUGUUGCAGUUUUUUGAGUUUUUGUUUUAAACUGUAUUAUUUUAUUUUUGAGAAAUAACGACAUUCUUUCAAUGGGUAUUAAAUAUUCAGAAAACCAAUUUAUAUUCUUUGUAAAUAGCUCCAGAUAAAGAUUGCAGUGAUGAAUAUUAAAAAGAAAAUCUUACUUUCUUUAUUUCCAUAUGUAAAACAGAUAUAUAUAUUUAUAUGCAGUAUUCUUUAAAAUCAGUAUUUGUAGAAUCGUUAAGUCCCAUUUGUAUGUAAAAAAUAAAGUAUAUGUUUCUUUUUUAAUUUUUUUUUUAUUUAAAUAUAUUUUAAUGGGUAGAAAGAGACUUCUAACAACCACACCGAGAUCCCCCUCAACAUAAACAUUUAGUUUUUUUGUAAUUUUGCACAAAUCAAAUAGACAAGUGACCCAUGCUCCAAGUCACAAAAAAAAUCUUCAUAGAUUCCAAAUUCAUUUAAUAUUUAACCAUGUCACAUCGAAUUAUAUAUGCACUUACAAAGAAGUCUAUCCUUAUGCAAAGUGUUGUAAAUUUAAUAGUUUGCCCAAAUAACCACCUAUUAUGUAAAUGUACACUCCAGUUUAGGCUAAAUAAAUGAUAAGUGUGUUUUUUGCUGCCUUACCACCCCUUGUUGCUAGUGCUGAACCUAAUUUUGAUUUUGGUAACUUUUUCAGUUAAUAACUUUGACAAGCGAAGGGCCCUCAGUCUUAAAUCAUUUCUCGGUACUUGGAGUACAAAAUUUGUGCUCAAAACACUAAAUCCAAUAAUUUGAUUGGUCCAAAAUUCUAAAUCUGAGUACCAUAAUUGUGCAAUGGGGUUUUUUGACUGAGAGGCUAGGGCUAACUGUUGAGUGAGAUUAUUACUCAGAAAUCAACCAAUGAAAAAUGGUUUUGUUGUUUUCCAGCAUAAAUUUUUAAUCCUGAUUACUGACUAAAAUUUAUGAUUGAAUGUCCAGAUCCGUGCCUGAAUUUCAUGUUCAAAUAUAGAUCUAUUUGCCAUAUUUUUUUAUUCUUUUUGAAUUAAAAACCUCACUUCUACUGUUUUGACCAAAAGAGGGACCUUAGAGAAAUAUGUAUUCUAUUUAUUGUUGUCUGUUGUAUGAUGCCAGUAUUUAUUUGUUUGUUUGUUGUUUAUAUAUUUAUUUAUUGCACUCUAUACUUUACACAGUAUUAAAGAAUUAAAUAUUUAUUUUCUAUACCAAAAAAUUUGUUUGUGCUGUAGUUAAAAUUAGCAAAUUUGCGGAGAGGUUUAUAUUUCUAUCAUAAUUUUUUUCUCUCAUUUUUUGAGAGAGAUGUUUCAUUUGAAAUUAGGCCAUAUGAAAAAUCUUGAUUUUACACCAUAUUUAAGUGCUUUAGAUUCUUUACUUUAAAUGGAUAAAAAGUAUGCAAGGAAGAAUAAAUUGUAACCUGCACGAAACAUUGUCAAAUGUUUGAGGAUUGCAUACAAAGAAAGGCAUGUAAAUGUAAAAAAGAAAGAAAGCGGAGAAAAGAAUGAAAAAAUAGUAUAAAAGGAAUUUAUCAAAACACAUUUUUCAUAUGGCUUGAUAUAUAUGUAAAUAUUCAAAGUUAUUUAUAAGACACAAAGAGUCUGGAUAUAUUUAGGUAUAAAUAUAUGGAAAUUUAUGAAUGUUUGUUUGUAUGAAAUUUAAGCUACUAAUAGUUGAAAAUGUCCAGUAAAAACAUGUCUGGUGGACAGUUGCAUCAUUGGGUAUCAUACCACUUCGUCUUAUUUCAUAAUGUUUUGAAUCAGUAUUUAAAAAAUUUAAAAAGUUAAUAGGAUAAAUUGAUUUUCCAAUUUGCACUGAUUAAAAGAUACAUAAAAUGGGCUAAAACAAUAUUAGACUAUUCUGUCAAUCUGAUAGGUCCUUAAUAAAGGUACUUUGGAAAACGAACUGCUGAUUUUUAUUUUAUGGACUGCUAAUUUUUGUUGUUUGAAAUAUGUGGAUGUUCAAUAUAAAUAUCUAUAUAUGAUUAAUUGUUUGUGUUGAAGGGUGCGUUUGACUUAAGUACUAGUUACAAAUUGUUUGAACUAAUGUAUGUGUGUUUUCAUUUUAUGAUGAUCUUUGACUUAUUUUCCUUUUCAAUUCAUAACUUAUAUUAAAGAUAUUCUUAAGAGGUGACUCUUUAAAAUACAAAUAUUAAAAGAUGAAAUAACUCCGUUAGAUGCUUUCCUAUCUUAAGU